AUGGAUCUCUUCAUUGAUAUUGUCACCCCUAACGGGCACAGCUAUAAGCAGCCCACCGGCCUCUUCAUCAAUAACGAGAUUGUGCCCGCCACAGGAGGCCAGACCAUCACAUCUCUUGACCCCGCUACCGACAAGCCCAUUGCCACCGUUCAAGCCGCGAGUGCCGAAGAUGUCGACCGUGCCGUGAAGGCUGCCAAAGCGGCCCUGGUCCACCCCUCGUGGAAAUUACUGCCCGCAACAGAGCGGGGCCAGUUAAUGGCCCGACUCGCUGAUCUCAUAGAGGAGAACAGAGAGCUAUUCGCUUCUAUUGAAGCUUGGGAUAAUGGAAAACCAUACCACGUCGCCGUCGAUGAAGAUCUCACCGAGGCAAUCUCGACAAUCCGCUAUUACAGUGGCUGGGCUGAUAAGACCUUCGGCCAAACCAUCACCACAACUCCCCAAAAGUUCGCCUACACAAUCCGCCAGCCCAUCGGUGUAGUUGGCCAGAUCAUCCCAUGGAACUACCCCCUUUCAAUGGCCACCUGGAAGCUUGGCCCUGCACUAGCAUGUGGUAACACAGUUGUCCUGAAGCCGGCCGAACAGACCCCACUCAGCGCUCUUAUUCUUGGUACAUUGAUCAAGAAGGCCGGAUUCCCUCCAGGUGUGGUAAACAUCGUCAAUGGUUACGGGCGCGAGGCCGGCGCCGCGCUCGCUUCACACCCAUUGAUCGAUAAGGUCGCAUUCACAGGAUCAACAAUGACCGCCCGGGAGAUUAUGAAGAUGGCCGCUGGCACACUGAAGAACAUCACGCUCGAGACAGGCGGCAAGUCCCCGUUACUGGUUUUCCCUGAUGCGGAUCUGGAUCAGGCUGUCAAGUGGUCGCACGGCGGUAUUAUGUCUAACAAAGGCGAGAUCUGUACCGCCACCUCUCGGAUCUUCGUCCACCGCGAUAUCAUUGAGAAAUUCACUGCUAGUUACAAGACGGCAGUGGAGGCUGUGAAGAUCGGCGACCAGUGGGACGAGUCCGUCUUCCACGGGCCGCAGGUGACACGCGCGCAAUAUGAUCGUAUCCUCUCCUACUUUGAGAUCGCCAAGAGCGAAGGAGCUACUAUUCUCACUGGUGGUGCUGCGCACACACCGACUGACGAGAAGAAUAAGAAUGGGUACUUUAUUCAACCUACUGUUAUUGUCAAUGCAACGGAUUCUAUGCGCAUUGCCCGUGAAGAAGUGUUUGGUCCCGUCGUGGUGAUCUUCCCCUUCGAUGACGAGGAAGAGGCUAUUCGUCGCGCCAAUGAUACCACCUACGGUCUAGGCGCAGCUGUCUUUACGCGUGAUUUGGAGCGUGCUCACCGCGUGGCCGCUGAGAUUGAGUCUGGUAUGGUCUGGAUUAACAGUAGCCAAGACUGCGAUCCGCGCAUUCCUUUCGGUGGCGUGAAGCAGAGUGGCAUUGGGCGCGAGUUGGGAGAGGCUGGUCUGGAGGCAUAUAGCCAGACUAAGGCGUUGGUCAGAGAAGAAAUCAUGGGUUUCAAAACUCUUGUGUCAAAAUUGAAACGUCGCACACCACCAGAAGAUCCUAUCAAUCAUUCAGGUACAACAUCUGGAAGCAAUGGCAAAGCAGUUCUUUCACCUCGAGCCCCUAAAGAUGCGGAUAUCAACCUCAUAACCCAGGUAUUAGGAACCGAUGAGCGUGACUUGUGGCUUGAAGCCUUUGGCAAGUUGCCUCGCAAAUCGCAACAAGAACUCGAGAAACGAGGCAUGAAUCGACAAUGCUCUGAGCCUAUGAUCGAUCAGAUCAAAUCAUUUCAAAUAGAGGCCAAAAGACAGCGGGAUAGAAGCCUGGCUAAAGAUUGGAAGGUCCGAAUAGGAAACCAUGAGCUCCCAGUGAGAGAAACAACUGUCCAGAUUGUCCACUGGGCAGAGAGAAUUGGGGAUGUAGCCAUUCAAUUUGCACCAGCCCCCGGUGCUGGAGGAGUGUGGACUGUGGCAAAGUCAAUCCUCCAGGGGGUCGAUACUUUCGACAAAGAAAAAAGCGCCCUGCUUUCUGUUGUUGACAAAGUGGCGGGUGCUAUCUUCUGCAGCCAGGUCUACUAUGAGAUAUACAACCCCGAGAGGACGGGGAGAAAGGACGUCGUUAAUAGACUUCACGAUGCAAUUGUCGCGUUGUAUGGAUGCGUGUUGGAACUGCUGGUCACAUCGUCUGAUCUUUCAUCUAACACUGCCGUGCAAUUUUGCCAGGCUAUCUUUGACCACACGCAGCCAUCUGACAUGCUGCUAGAAUUGGAAAAAUUGGAACAGGAGCUUGUAAAAGCGGCUGGCAAGUGCGAAGAUACGGCUCACGCUCAUCAGGAAGUUAAGUUCAAAGAUUAUCUCCAAGAAGCUCAAAGCUCCCUCAACAGAAUCACUCGUCAUAUGGAACACGUCUUCCAGUGGGUCAAUGACCAAGAACGGAGGGACCUUCUCGGAUGGGUCUCAGGUAUACAGUAUGGCCGUCAUCACGAUGAGAUCGAAGAAAGAAGAGAGCCCAACACGGGCGAUUGGCUUGUUCAAGAUGAGAGAUUUCGCGAGUGGAUGGAUUCACCCUCGCACAGUACCCUGUGGCUUCAAGGAUCUCCUGGCACGGGAAAAUCCUUUUUGACUUCAGCUGUAGUCAAGCAUAUGAUGGACACGAAGGGAUCACAGAUGGAGGGAUUUGGCUAUUUCUUCUGCAACCAAGACGAGAAAGAUCGGCGGGAAGCACUGCCAGUGCUUCGAAGCCUAGUUCGUCAGUUUGCUGCCCCAAAGAGUAGUACGGAAUCGGUCAGGAAAAGCCUUCGAGAUGCACGGGGAAGAGCAACUGAUAGAGCGUCACGACUCGGCUCCUCGGAAUGCCAUCGUCAGCUCGUGGAAUCAUUCAACUUAUAUUCAACAAGUUUCAUCAUUCUUGAUGGCUUGGAUGAAGUUCUUGACGAUGAACUUGAUAUCCUGAUCGAGGCGCUUGACAGUGCCAUUGCCGAGACUAAAGACAAAGGCAGAGUAAAGCUUUUUGUUGCUAGUCGGCCUGAGAAGAACAUUAGCGCAAAAUAUGGCUCAAGUUCAACUGUCAUCAUCCAGGCCCAGGACAACAAAAAGGACAUUGAGAAGUUUGUGACCAACGAGAUGGAUAAAUUUGGAAAGAAGCAUCCCAGAUCGGAUGUGAACGCUAUGAAGGACACGAUUAUUCGAGUUAUUCUUGACAAAUGCGACAACAUGUUCCUGUGGGCUGCCCUCCAGAUAAAGCAGAUGAUACAAUGCAACACCGUUGAAUCAAUUCAUUACGCACUGGAAAAUCUCCCAAAGGGACUGGAUGAGAUGUACAACCAAAUAUGCCAGAAAAUCCGCACCCGAUUUCCCCCGGAACAAGCUAUAGCAGAAUGUGCGCUUAAGUGGGUGCUGUAUUCUCCUUAUCCACUCACAAGUGAGGAGCUCCUCUCCGCCACUCGCAUGUUUAUUGAGAACGAAAACAUCAAGUUGGCGAGUUGUAUCCAGCAAGAGUCUUUGCUCUCAAUCUGUGAGAACUUGCUGGUAGUUGAUACCGAUGGUCGAUGGAGAUACUUCCACCUGUCAGCGCGGGAGUAUCUCGAGAAGACCCAUGAAAUAUAUGAACAAGGACGCUCUUACUGUGCGCAGGUGUGCCUUCUGUCUCUUAUGAGAACAUUUGGCCCAGCAACACUUCCUGGAAGCUCCGAGGAUCCAUUGAAUCCGGCACAUCCUUUCUCUCAGCACACUCAGACCUGCUGGCCAGUCUACAUUGUUGGGCAGACCGAAAAAGAUCAGUCUGUCAUUUUGCUUAAGAAAUUCCUUGGUUCACCUGGCAGAAGUAGCGUCUUCUACAUUCGAUGGCUUGAUCACGUCUCCGAGCACGAUCUUCCAUUUCAAUUCAUAGACCAUGAAGGUCUGGCCCCAAAUACAACACCAAUGUUCGCUAUAGCUCACCUCUCACUGUAUGAAGAGACUCUCCGAGAGUGGUGUGACAGCAAUGAUUUUGACCCAUUCCAAGAAAAUACCCGUGGAGAAGAUUUGCUCAUGAUGGCCGCCAUGAAUAAUUGCAUACCUUUGUGUGCUACUCUUAUUGCAAAGGGAGUCAACGUCAACCAAUGCCAUGUCAAUAGCAGGUAUGGAAGCGCCCUUGCAGCCGCUGCCUCGUGUAAUAUGAUGGAUACAGUCAAAUACCUCGUGGAGGAGGCAAAAGCAGACGUGAAUCUCCCGCUUGAGAGUGGGGAUUACGGCAGUGCGCUGGCUGCUGCUGCCACACGUGGAAACUUGGACAUCUUGAGAUAUUUUGUGGAGGAGGUCAAACCAGCCGUGGAUCUUCUAGUUCAUGUGAGAGUCCAUGGCAAUGUGCUCGUUGCCGCUGCCUUCAAUGGCAGGCUGGAUGUUGUGAGAUACCUCGUGGAGGAAGCAAACAUUGAUGUGGAUCUUGAGGAUGAUGAGGAAUUUUUCAACUGUGCGCUUGAGGCUGCCAGCUGGGGAAGUCUCGUCGUAGUCAAAUAUCUGGUGGAGGAGGCAAAAGCAGGCGUGAAUCUACCGCAUCAGGCCAACAAUGCACUUGUCGCCGCUGUCUCGAGUGGGAAACUGGAUAUUUUGCGAUACUUUGUGGAAGAGGUAAAAGUAUAUGUAGGGAGCAUGUUUGAGCAGGGGCGUAUUAGUGUUGCACUUGGGAUCCAUAGUGAUGAGGAUGCUGUUGCGCUAAGGGAAAUCCUAAAGCUACCCAGUGAUCAAGAAGCAGCAGGAGAUGAGCACUGA